CUGUUACUUAUUAUUUCCAAACUCUGUAUAAAAUGGUAGAGCGAAAGAACAUUAUCGUGUUCUCUCCAAACCAACUAAACCAAGAUGCAACUAGCAAAUAUUUUAAUUAUUGCUUUGGUCUGCCUAACAGCGUACACCGCCAAUACUGAAAGGGGAAGAUUAUCUGAACUGGUUAAGGAAUGUCAAAAAGAAUCUGGUUCAACCGUUAAUGAAAUCGAAAUCAUUAGAAAUAAUGGAGUUAUAACCCCUGAUACUGGCAAGCAAGCUCUUUGUGUUAAUCGUAAAUUUGGUGUACUGGAUCAGAAUGGAGACGUUAUUCCUGAUCAGUUCAAUCAACACAUUGAAGUUUUGAGUGGUGGCAACAGUGAUGCUCGGAAAGAAUUUAAAGACAAUUGUAGCAAAACUGAAGGAGAAAAUCCCGAAGCUAAAGCUAUCAAAUUUGUUAAAUGUAUGCAAACCGUGUUAGCAAAAUAUCCUGUUUGAUUUGUUUAAAAUUUUAAGGAAUCCUUACCUGAAAGGUAAGCAAUGUACAAAUAUGUAAAAUAAUUUGUAAUAAAUACAUGACCAAAUAUG